CUUUCAGCUCGCAACCGCAAAGCAGGGGAGAGGAGUCCUUGCGAAAGAGGAAGAGAAGCACCGGCGGGAGGAGGAAGAGGAGGAGGAGAGCACGAUGCGCCGCGUCGCGCUGUUGCUGCUCGUCUGCGCGGCGGCGCGCGCCGCCGCGGUCGUCACCGACGGUAAGAGCUCGGGAGCUAAUCUUGCUGUCACCGACGGGCUGCUCCCGAACGGCAACUUCGAGGAGGGCCCGCCCAGGUCGGCGCUGGUGAACGGCACGGUGGUGAAGGGCGCCAACGCCAUCCCGCGCUGGGAGACCUCGGGCUUCGUCGAGUACAUCGAGUCGGGGCACAAGCAGGGCGACAUGCUCCUGGUCGUCCCGCAGGGCGCCCACGCCGUGCGCCUGGGCAACGAGGCCUCCAUCCGCCAGCGCCUCGCCGUGUCCCGCGGCGCCUACUACGCCAUCACCUUCAGCGCGGCGCGCACCUGCGCGCAGGCGGAGCGCCUCAACGUCUCGGUGAGCCCCGAGUGGGGCGUGCUCCCGAUGCAGACCAUCUACGGCAGCAACGGCUGGGACUCGUACGCCUGGGCCUUCAAGGCCAAGCUCGACGUCGUCACGCUCGUCAUCCACAACCCCGGCGUCGAGGAGGACCCCGCCUGCGGCCCGCUCAUCGACGGCGUCGCCAUCCGGGCGCUCUACCCGCCCAGGCUCGCCCGCGGGAACAUGCUCAAGAACGGCGGCUUCGAGGAGGGGCCCUACUUCCUGCCCAACGCGUCCUGGGGCGUGCUCGUGCCGCCCAACAUCGAGGACGACCACUCGCCGCUCCCGGCCUGGAUGAUCGUCUCCUCCAAGGCCGUCAAGUACGUCGACGCCGCGCACUUCAAGGUGCCCCAGGGCGUGCGCGCCGUCGAGCUGGUGGGCGGCAGGGAGAGCGCGCUCGUGCAGGAGGUGCGCACCGUGCCCGGGUGGAGCUACCGCCUCGCCUUCGCCGUGGGGGACGCCGCCGACGGCUGCACGGGGUCCAUGGUCGCCGAGGCCUUCGCGGCGCGCGCCACCGUCAAGGUGCCCUACGAGUCCAAGGGCACCGGCGGGUACAAGCGCGCCGUGCUGGACUUCACGGCCAUCGCCAACCGCACCCGCGUCGUGUUCCAGAGCACCUUCUACCACAUGAAGGCCGACGGCACGCUCUGCGGGCCCCUCGUCGACGACGCGUCGCUCGUCGGACUGCGCAAGAAGCCCGCCGGCGGCCGCCGCCUGCUGCUGUGAAGCCUUCGAUUCGCCGGCGGAGCGAGUAGCGUGCGUGCGUCAGUGAUGUAAUAUGGUUGGCGUGUGGCUAGUACUGGUAGGCGUUUUGGCUUGGUGUGCGCUUGGUAUAUGUGUGGCGUGCCGUGCCGUGCGUGCCCUGUGCAGUGGUUGCAGCUGCAGUGGCGCGCGCAUGGGUGGAGUUUUUCUUGUGAAGAAGAAAGGGGUGGUGGCCUGGCUCGAGGGUCCAAGACUUUCGAGUGUAACUUAACCUGAGAAGCCAGGCUGAAGUCGACAAGGGAUUAAUGGCUAAUGUUACUACUACUA